UAUUCGUGUAGCUCAUGACGAAUGGGCAGGCAGCGUCGUUAUCUCCUUAAUAUACUCACGUGAAUUACAGUCAGCUGCAAAACCAAGCAAACAUUUUGGAUUAGAAAGUUAAAUUUUAAUUUUAAGCAGCAUUUUGAAUUAGUACGCUUUAGGCAAAAUGGAAAGGCACCUGAAAAAAUUCCUGGAUCAGGUGAAACGUCCCGGAGUUAGUGACUGGGGUUCAGUUGAAAAAAUUGCUACAGAGUACAAUCUUAUUCGCUCACAGACUGAAGCCACAAAACAGAAGGCUGGUCUUACGAUGGAAGCAGGGGCUUUGAAGAACAACACGAAGAAAAACCGCUACCGAGAUAUUUUGCCCUAUGACCAGAGUCGAGUGCUGCUCAACCUGUUGAAGGAAGAGUUUGAGUCAGAUUACAUCAAUGCCAGCUUAAUUCAGGGUGCCACAAAAAACAGAUUAUAUAUCGCAACCCAAGGUCCCCUGAGCAACACUGUUAUAGACUUUUGGAGGAUGAUUUGGCAAUAUGAAGUGAAGGUCAUAAUUAUGGCUUGCAAAGAAAUAGAGAUGGGAAAGAAAAAAUGUGAGCAGUACUGGCCACCCUGUACAAAAACAGCCAUCAUUGGACCAUUUGUUAUAUCAAAUCUGAAUGAGUCUCUACCAAAUGAGGAAGUCGUUGUGCGCACGUUUUCUGUGAAAUAUCAAGACGAAACGAGAGGCCUUUCCCAGUUCCAGUACAUGGCAUGGCCCGACCACGGCAUCCCGUUGGUGUCGGACGGCCUCCUGGGCAUGAUGGACAUGGCGCAGAAGGUGCAGGCGAGCAGCGCCGCCCCCCUGGUCAUCCACUGCAGUGCCGGAUGCGGAAGAACAGGAGUGAUCUGUGCACUAGAUUAUAUAAAUGAUCUUCUAAAGAUAAAGAGGAUCGGCGAGGAUUUUAACAUCAUGGACAUUGUGCUGGAAAUUAGGAGCCAAAGGCCGUCAGCUGUUCAGACAAAGGAACAGUAUGAAUUUCUGUACCAUAUUGUUUCACAAAUGUUUGAGAAUGCCCUGAAAUCCUCAAGCAACCACUAUCAAAACAUGAUGGAGCCUUGCUACGACAAUGUGAGAUCGCUAAAGAAAGAAGAACGACAAGCAACAUCUUUCAAAAGCAGCCGUUUGGAGUCAAACAGCAAGCCUAUCAUUCAGCCCAGAACAUCCUGCCCCAAGACCCAGAACAUGAACGACACGUAUGCCGUCGUUAACAAGCCCAAACAGCGCCCAGCUGCCGGCUCUGCCCCCCCUCACCCAACUGUCCAUCACUAUGACAACGCGCAACUAGGAUUGCCCAGUUCUUCAGCCGGCCCUCUCUACAGCACGGUGAAACCCAAGAAUCGGGCCAGCGGGCCUCCCGCUCAGCCUGCAAAGCCAGACAGGGCAAGACCAGCAAGCUCUUCAUCAGAAGACUACGAGUUUGUCUCCGGUGUUUUUAGGACUCCGAGCCAAAAUGCUUUGACCGUUAAGUCCAGUACGGGACCCAAUGCAGUGAGAAAACCUUCUCCCAGCCCGUCCUCCACAGAAGAUGAUUACGAAUACGUGGAGACACCCAUGAUCAGCAGGACAGCCAGCCAGGAUGGCAGUAUGGGGUUCAACUAUCGCGUGAAGAAGCCCAGAGGGCCCCGCGACCCCCCUGUCCAGUGGAGUCGUGCCGAGCGCUAGGCCGGCAGUCGCCUCCAGAAGCAAUGUUGGCUUCCUAUUGGCUUCCAAAACUGACGCAAUGAUGUGCCUGUUGCACCAGGAAAAGUGCAGACGCAUGGCAUUAUGGGACUGACCUACGAAUGCUGAAUGAGUUUAAUGUAAACCAUGUGACAUAUAAAUAGACUGGUUUGUUCUCGUCAUACAAACCAGAGAACAGAGCUAAGCACCUUCUAUAAGAAGCAACAAUUAAUGUAGCGCUACUGUGACCGGUAGCAGUUACCAUGGAGAGGGGCUCAGCAAAAUCCUUCCCACCAGAGCAGUGGUCCUAAUUUAAGCCUGAAUCUAAAGACAGAGUGGAAAAUCACUUCAACUUAAGAGCUAAGGAAGCUGGUCUACAGCUUCUGCAGACUGGUGUUCCCCCCACCUCUGCUGCUCUAAAUAUUUGUGCACACGUGCAUGCACGCGCGUGUGUGUGUAUGUGUGUGUGUGUGUGUGUAUAUAUAUAUUCAUGCAUGCGUGUAUAGCGGAAAAUAUUGUAAGGGUAUUUUCAUCUGGCUGUACUACAUGAAAUAAUAAAAUGGAAAUUAUUACAGACAA